AGUCUCCACUGCUCCUGAUCCCUGCCCAUGUUACAACUGUCCCCAGCCUCCCCUAUUUUUACUGUUUAUCAGGAGGAAAUCAGCCCCGUUCCAUCAGUGUUCAGACACAGUAUUUGUAAAUAGAUACAGUGUUCAUUCUUCACACCCACAGCUCACUCAGUCCGUCCCCACUCGUGGACCUGACAGCAGACUCACUCCACCGCCCGUGGGAGGAGGGCAUGUGUCCGUGUCGCUUCCUGUUUCCUCAGUAGGAGCCGUCGUGAAACCUUCAAGACGGAUCAAGAUCGAUUGCUCUGAUCUCCAGUCCUGUGGACCCCCAGGGACCCGCAGACCCUGGUCCGCUGUCAGAUCUGGUUUUUGGACGGAGUCGGUCAGAUCCAGAUCCAUGUACCCGUGUCCCGGAGGUUCCAGAGUCCAGAUCUUGUGCAUCCCACCAUGGGCGGGUUUGGAGGUAAACACCACUGUGAGUGACAACAUGCACAGUGUUGGAACUAACUGCGGUAUGUGGAUCAGAUUUAACCCGACUGUUCACAGUUUAGGGGCAUCGAACUGAUCAGCGUCGAUUUAUGGAAACAGUGACUCAAAAUACAGGAAUAAUCUGAGGGGUUUUACUUCCACAGUGUUUAAGAAACCACAGACCCACUGGACCAUAGGAGGAAUAUGGUGAAAUUCAAAGUAACAACAGUGGACAUGAAAAUGGCUGCAUGAAAGUCAGAGGAUACGCAUGAACCACAACAGCAGAGCCGUCUGACAGCUCCACAUGACAGGAUUAUUUAUUAUUGCAUGAGUUUGACAUCCUGAUGUCCAUGCGUCUGGUCAGCAGACCCUGAUGCUAUGGGAUCCCAUCACUUGACCUGGCUCCCCUGGGUGCAUUGCCAGGACCAUGGAUAUGCUGGUUCUGGUUCUGGUUCUAGUUCUGGUUCUAGUUCUGGUUCUAGUUCUGGUUCGGAUGAGGACAGGCAGAAGCGCUGGGCCGAGCUGUUCGAUCAGCUGGACCUCAACAAAGAUGGACGCAUUGACAUUUCUGAGCUGCGGACGGGGCUGGCAGGGAGAGGACUUUCACGGGGAACCUUGGAGAGGAUUGUGGAGGCAGGAGACACCAACCAGGAUGGAGUACUGGACUUCGAGGAGUUCAGCCAGUAUCUCCGCAGCCACGAAAAACAGCUCAAACUCAUGUUUCGCAGCCUGGACAGAAACAAUGACGGUCAGAUAGAUGCAGCAGAGAUCCAGCAUUCACUACACACCAUCGGCGUCAACAUUAGCCUCAAGGACGCCACCAGGAUUUUGAAAAGUAUGGACAAGGACGGCACCAUGACUAUUGACUGGAAUGAGUGGCGUGACUACUUCCUGUUUAACUCGCUCUCUAACAUGGAAGAUGUGGCACGCUACUGGAAACGCUCAGUGAUGCUGGAUAUAGGUGAGCAGCUGACGGUUCCUGAUGAAUUUUCAGAAGAGGAGAAGGAGUCUGGUUACGUUUGGCGGCAGCUGAUGGCUGGAGCCAUGGCUGGAUGUGUGGCUCGGACUGGAACGGCCCCCUUAGACCGCCUCAAAGUAUUUCGGCAGGUCCAUGGUUCUGCUGUGUUCAGAGGGAACGUACUUAGUGGUUUUCAGCAUAUGUUGAAUGAGGGAGGACCGUGGUCAUUGUGGAGGGGCAAUGGUGUAAAUGUUCUCAAAAUUGCCCCAGAAACUGCGAUCAAGUUCACAGCUUAUGAAGAGAUUAAACACAUGAUGCGAGGCAGCGAUCAGACGAGAAAUCUAAGAGUUUAUGAACGGUUUCUUGCUGGUUCUUUGGCUGGAGCCAUAGCACAGACGACAAUCUACCCGAUGGAGGUGCUUAAGACACGUCUCACACUAAGGAAUACAGGCCAAUACUCAGGACUUGUCGACUGUGCUAAACAGAUCCUACAGAAAGAGGGUAUCAUGGCCUUCUACAAGGGCUACAUACCCAACAUGCUCAGUAUUAUCCCAUAUGCUGGCAUCGAUCUGGCUGUCUAUGAGACUCUGAAGUUUUCCUGGCUGAACAGGAAUACAGGUUUAGCUGACCCAGGGGUGAUGGUUCUGGUCGGCUGCGGUGCUGUCUCCAGCACAUGUGGACAGCUGGCAAGCUACCCACUGGCACUGAUCCGCACCAGAAUGCAGGCACAAGCAUCAUUGAAAGGAGACCCUAAGCCAUCUAUGUUGGCCCUGGUUCGUAACAUUGUGAUCCAGGAAGGAGUGUUUGGACUUUACAGAGGAAUUUCUCCCAACUUACUGAAGGUCAUCCCUGCUGUCACCAUGUCCUACGUAGUCUACGAAUACACAAGGAUCCUCCUGGGAGUGGACAUUGAGGGUAGGAGAGGAGGAAAAGCAAAGGAUGUUUGAAGUGGAAUGUUUUUAUCUCCAAACACGUCAACAAAUGCUCUGGCAGCGCAUGAGGAAAUGUGCCAUAGCUGUGUGUGAGUCUAUCACACCUCUCGACAGAAGUAUCUUGCAACGAUGCUGAUGGGGUGAGAGGAUAAAAAACAAACCAUGGAAGAAACAGAAAAAAUAAGAACACAUCAGCAUUAAUUCAUAUUUUUGAAAAACUCACAUUUUCUUACAUUUCUCACGUGAUGAGUUUCCCGUGUGAUACUGCAUUACAAUGCAUGCCUGAAGUUACUGAUUGUGUGGAAGCUAACCAACUAUCCCACUGCUACUGCACUGAGUUGAUGAAGACUUGCAUGGACUUGACAAUUUCCCAGCAAACAGAUAAAAGUAUACCUUGGAGCAAUGCUUUACAUUCCUUCACUGCUUAAAAGCCACAAAAAAAGCAGAAUCUUUUUUUUUCCCCUCCCAGGUCGAAUAUAGAAAAGACUGAUCAAGCUGGUCCCAUUUCCUGUUCUCUAAAUGAGGAGCUGCACAAUCAGGCAUUUAAGGAACAUGCUGCAAGUGUUAGGAAUACUAAAGCACAGCAAUAAUUACCGACACAACUACAGAAAGUUACUGAAUUCAUGGACAUGAAUGGACUUGACUACAGAAAGGAUUGCUAUUGAAAAAAGUGCACCAAAGAACUUUAUAAAUGAAAGAAAUGAAGCUACCAAAGCUAAAUAACAAAAUGCAGGUAAUUAUCUCUAACAUGCUCACGUUUUAUGAGUCUGGUCAGCAAGGGGAGAUUGUUUCUGUCUGUUACUAUUUAAAAACCCUGAGGCGGCUGGUACCACACACUGUACACAGCCUUUAUCAGAUCUGUACACGUACAGUAAUGGUUUUGAUUGACUGAAGUGACCUAUGUAUGUCACAAAAGACAGUGUAAUGUAAUGAACUUUUUAAUAUGUAAAUUAUGUGCAAAUAAAUGCAUGCUUGGUGCUGCUUUU